ACACCCCCCUCCUCCCCAAAAAGCCAUACUCUCGGGGAGUCACCCUGCCACCCACCUCCCCCCCACCGCUUUGACCGCUUUCUGCGGGGAGGAGGAGGAGGGGGGGCGCUGCCGGCUGCCCACCCCUCCCACACACCCCCCGCCAGGUCCCCGCCGCGGAGGAGGCUCCGUGUUUUCGGGCAGGGCAGCCGCGAUGGCCCCGCUCAGCCUGUCCCAGCUGCUGGACGUCGCUAUCGGGACGCCCGAGGUUGGGGCCGUCAACUUCACUGCGCUGUACAGCCUGCUGCAGGCCAUGCUGGGCCACUUGGGCCUGAAGGACCUGCCCGCCCAGGAGCGGGGGCACAGCCCGACCCCCCUCCUGGGACGGGACCAGCCCCCCGAGGCAGACCCCAGAGAAGAAGGGGGACAGGGAAGCGGCUGGGGCACAGGGCAUGUGUCGCUUGGCCCUGGGAAGGACCCGCUGCGGGGGACCACGACCAGCCCCCAGGUCACCUCUGUGGAUGCCAACGUGGGGCAGAUGAAGAUGGAAAAGGAGAGUGGCAUCGCCAAGCCCGUGGCUCUCUCCCAGGAUCUCCUCCAGGAGAUCGGUGGGAUGAAGGCGGCGCAGUCCCGCAUGGAAGAGGACAUCCGGACGAUCCAGGAGGCACUUGGCUUGGGGAAUCUCCAGGACGCUGUCGGGCGGUUGCCGGGCCUCCGCGACCAGUCAGAGCUGGACAGUGACGUGAAAAGGCUGAAGGAAAGGCUGAGCCUCUACCCGGCCCCGGAGGAGGAUGACAGUGGGGGCCAGUCUGCCCCUGCUGAGCCCCCCACUUUAGACAUGGACACCCCGCGUGGAGCAAGCUCAGCACUGGGACCGAAGGGACCAGGGACACAGCCUGCACCCAGGACCAGCAAAGGGACAAGCAAGGGGACUCCACAGACACAGCCUGGCUCCCUGGGGACACAUGCAGGGAUGCAGGGAGCGCCAGUGACCCCUGAGAAGGGGGCAGGCGCUCCCUCAGAUCGGAUGAGGAUUGCUGAUGCCAGUGCCACCACUCUGGGGACACAGGCAGGGAACUCUGGCAUCAAGACCACCACCCCAGGGAUGCAGCCAGGGACCCCUGGCACCCAGACCACCACCCCAGGAAUGCAGCCAGGGUCCUUUGACACCCAGACCACCCGCCCAGGGCCACAGCCAGGAUCCCCCGGCACCCAGACCACCCCCCCAGAGAGGCAGCCAGGGACCCCCGGCACCCAGACCACCCGCCCAGGGAUUCACCCAGGGACCCCUGGCAUGCAGAGCAUCAUCCCAGGGAUGCAGCCAGGGAUGCCUGGCCCCCAGACCACCCCCCCAGGGGCACAGCCAGGAUUCCCCGGCAUCCAGACCAUCCCCCGAGGGGUGCAGCCAGGGACCCCUGGCAUGCGGAUGACCACGCCAGGGAUGCAACCAGGGACCCCUGGCACCCAAACCACCACCCCAGGAAUGCAGCCAGGGACCCCUGGCACCCAGACCACCACCCCAGGAAUGCAUCCAGGGACCCCCGGCACCCAGACUACCCACCCAGGGCCACAGCCAGGAUCCCCUGGCACCCAGGCCACCCCCCCAGGGAUGCAGCCAGGGACCCCUGGCAUGCAGAUGACCCCCCCAGGGAUUCAUCCAGCACCUCCAGGGACCCAAGAAGGAGGAGCAGGGGUUCAGCCAAGCCCCUCCGGCAUGGACUCCAUCCUUCUUGGUGCCGAGAAAGUCCCUGCUGAAGCCACCCCUGCUGCCUGGGGGACACAGAUGGAUGGCACAGGUCCCAAGGAGGGAGGCAAGGCUUUGUCCAGCACACAGCUUGCCUGGGCAGGCCACCCAGCAGUGGGGACCCUCUUGCCGACAGCUGAGGGUUUCGAGAUCCCGCUCGAUGCUGAUGCCGGGUCCGUGUCCCCUUUGCAAGAGCUGGCCAUGCCCUGGGGGACCUCAGGCUCCAGCAGCGCCUCCGACCGCUACGCAGAGACGGUGGAGGCUCUCCGCCAGAUCGGGCAGCUCGGCCACCACUACGCUGUCCUGAAGGAGCAGGUGUCCCAGCUGGAAACCACCAAGUCAGACCAGGCCGAGAUUGAGAAGCUGCGCCUGAUCUUCCCGGAGGGAGACGAGGAGAGAAUCUCCAGCAUCCUGGCCAACAUCCAGGACUGGGCGUCCUCCCUGCAGAGCCUGAGCAGCGACCUGCAGGGCGAGAAGGGGAAGAUCAGGCAGCUAGAGGAUGCCCUUGGAAAGCUGGAGGCGUCUGAAGCCAACUGGAAAGGGGAUGUCAGCGACCAGAUCACCCUGCAACUGGGAUCCACGCUGCAAGAGGUAACGUGUAAGCUGAAGGAGCUGGAAGAACAGCAGGAGAUGAACAAGGCCACGCUGGAGCAGUUAGUGACCAAGACGGCCGACCAGCUGCAGGAGCAGCUGGACGAGCUGAGGGCGGUGGUGGGGAGCACGGGGCAGGAGCAGGCAGAGGUGGAGGCAGCGUGCCCCAUCUGCAGCACGGACAUCAGCAAGCAAGUGGGGCAGCUCCUCCAGCGCUACGAGAAGCUCCAGGAGCUGGUGGACUCCUUCAUGUCGCGGCGGGUGGUGGGCAAGGUGGUGAGGCAGCUGCCAGGGAGUAACCAGGACGAGGAGCUGCUGAAGCGCAUCCAGGCCACUGUCAGGCAGGUGCAAGGGGACUACGAGAAGCUCAGCUCUGUCACGGGGAACCUCCUGAAUGACCGUCACCAGAAGCAGAAAGAUAUCGAGGCUCUGUUCCAGUCCCUGGAGAAGCUGGAGAAGGAGAAAGCUGACAAGGAGGACCUGGUGCUGGGAAUCAAUGUGAAAGCAGACAAAACCGCCCUGGCUGGCAAAGUGAGUCGCAGCCAGUUUGACGCAAGCAUGGAGCGGCUGAAUGGGAUGAUCCAGGAGAUGCUGAGCCGGGUGAUGGGCCAGGAGCAGGACUGGCACCAGGUCCAGCAGCAGCUCAGCGAAGAGAUGGACUCCAAGCUGGACCGCCUGGAGCUGGGGCCUUUCCGGCAGCAGCUGGAGGAGCACUGGAAGAGAAUCCUGGAGCAGCUCAGGGAGAAGGCGCAGCCGACAGAGGCUGAUGAUGCGGCUGGGAUUAAGAAGCAGCUGCUGGCCCAUUUCCACUGCGUGUCCUGCGACCGGCCCCUCAACAUGCUGGUGCCUGGCCCGCACAUCGUGGCCAUCCCAUCCAUGCCACCGCUGCCCCCCCGCUUUGCCGGGCGCUCCCAUACCAUCCUCGAGCUGGAGCAAACGCAGCAGCACGGCCACAGGGAGCGGGCGCCCGAGUGCGUGUACCCCAGCGUGCCGCGGCACUGCGGGGGCCGGCACACCCUCACCCACCCGCUGCAGCGCUGCCCGCGCCUCCAGCCCCUCCCGCCCAGCGCCCCACGGCCGGUCCAGCCCCCCACCCUGCUCCCCAUCAAGCAUGACGAGAUGGAGCUGCUGGGCCAGGACGGCCACAUCUACAGGGGCCGGCGGGACGGGCAGCUGCCCCUGCUCGUGGGCAAGGAGGGCUUCCUGAGGGACAAGCCUAAGCUGUCCCCAAGGCAGUGGGACGCCCGAGACACCGGCCGCCUGCUCUCGCGCCCCCAGAGCGCCGGGUCCUCGCUCAGCCAGCCAGGCACCGCCGCCUCGCCAGAGCCCAGGCCAGCCUCGUCCCACGGCCGCCUCUCCCAGGCCCGGGGGCUCCUCCUGCCCCUCCAGUCCCCGCAGGAUGGAUCCAGCGCCCCAGCAGCUGGGCAAGACUGGGGGUCCCCGGCCGAACCCCCACCACCCCAGCCAUUGAGCAGGCGAGCAAGCAGCUCCAGCCAGCAGCAAUAAAUGGCGAUGGGCA